CGGGUGCAGCAGCUAUUGGGCGGGACUGGGAGCGGGCACGCGCAGGAAUUGUUGGGACGGUCGGAGACGCGCUAUUGACGUCACGUUCUCGCGGUGUCUCGCUCUCGCUGUGUGGAGAGGAGGAAGCGGGAGGCUCCGGGGGGAGAUCGCUACACACACCGCUCCCCGGAUCCGUUACAGGCUCAUUGAGGAGGGACCAUGACUGAAAUCAGUGACCUCGACAGGCAGAUUGAGCAGCUGAGGCGCUGUGAGCUCAUCAAGGAGAGUGAAGUGAAAGCUCUGUGUGCGAAAGCUCGAGAGAUUCUCGUAGAAGAGAGUAACGUGCAACGGGUGGACUCUCCUGUUACGGUUUGCGGUGAUAUCCAUGGGCAGUUCUACGAUCUCAAGGAGUUGUUCAGGGUGGGUGGUGAUGUGCCCGAGACAAAUUACCUUUUCAUGGGCGACUUUGUGGAUCGGGGGUUUUACAGCGUCGAAACAUUCCUCCUUCUCCUAGCACUGAAGGUUCGUUAUCCAGAUCGGAUCACCCUGAUACGUGGCAACCACGAGAGCCGACAAAUCACACAAGUUUAUGGUUUCUACGACGAGUGUCUUCGCAAAUACGGCUCAGUCACAGUGUGGCGCUACUGCACAGAGAUCUUUGACUACCUCAGUCUGUCGGCUAUCAUCGACGGCAAGAUCUUUUGUGUACAUGGUGGGCUCUCACCCUCCAUCCAGACACUGGAUCAGAUCAGAACUAUUGAUCGCAAGCAAGAAGUGCCUCAUGAUGGACCCAUGUGUGACCUGCUCUGGAGUGACCCGGAAGAUACUACGGGAUGGGGUGUGAGUCCUAGGGGAGCUGGCUACCUUUUUGGCAGUGAUGUAGUGGCACAAUUCAAUGCAGCCAACAACAUAGAUAUGAUUUGCCGGGCACAUCAGCUUGUCAUGGAAGGAUACAAGUGGCACUUCAAUGAGACGGUCUUAACUGUGUGGUCAGCACCAAACUACUGCUACAGGUGUGGGAAUGUAGCUGCCAUACUUGAGCUGGAUGAACACCUACAGAAAGAAUUCAUUAUAUUUGAGGCUGCCCCCCAGGAGACAAGAGGAAUCCCUUCCAAGAAGCCCGUCGCUGAUUACUUCCUGUGACCUGCCCAAUCAACACCAAGGCCUCUCCACUCCUUUCUCCUGAUGUCUUUUAGACUGCUCCCAGCACAACUCUCCUCUUUAUCUCUGCCAAUGGGACCAGCGCUGCUCCUUUGAGAAAAUGAUUUGCCAGCAUCCAGAUCAGCUGCAGAGCAUUGCCUCUACUUUUCUACAUCCACCUUAUAUGGAGCCUUGUGUGUAUGUGAGUAAGGUACUGGCAGCUGAGAGAUCUGCUAUUGUGCAUAUAGAAUGGCCGUACCAUCCACACCUUGUAAGAGGGGUGCAGUGUAAAUUAGUAUUUCCCUGCAAGCAUUUCUAGCAAAGGAGGAUAAGUCAGAGAAACACCUGUAGCCAAGCUGAAUGCUGUGUCUCAGGAAUUAGUAAAUGUAAUGCUCUGCACGACUUUCAGUGAGGCUCAAUGUGAUGUUUUGUAGUAGAGACAGAGGGAGGGGGCUAAAUAGAGCAGCAUUAUGCAAGGAAACCAAAAUACUUUUAGGAUUCAUAGUUUCUUCCUUGAUUUUAUAAAACUCCUCUAAUAACCCCCCCCCUGAUUCACAGUCAUUCCUUAUGUCUCUCCCAUUCUGAGCCUCAUCCCCUGUACUAAGCUGCUGAGAUUAUACACAAGUAUGGAGUGCCUUAGUGCAAGUGGGACUAUUCCAGCUGGGACCAGGAGAGACAUGUGAAGAUGGUGCGCACUGGAAAACGCCAUUGUCCACUUAGAAGCUCCAUGAUGAUUUUGUGCCCCCUGGUGAUGAUUGGCAGGAUUUUGAGCCAGAGUGUUGACAUUAGCUGGCAUUUUGCUCAAGUGGCGUCUGUAGCUCAGUGGAGCCGCUCUCUUGUGGAUUUAAGCCGUUUUGCUGAGGCUGGGAAUGUGCGUAGCCAUUUGUUUAACCCUUUGUAGCCCGCCAACUGAGAGAUAACUAAAGCAGAGUCGCUCUAUUUAAGUUUGGCUCUAUUUACGUUUCAGCAGGAGGGCAUCAAAAGCUGAGCUCCUUUUUGCCACCGACAAUGCCAAACAUCUGAUCAAUUUUCUUCCCUUUUACUUUCUUAUAUUAUAGUUCACUUUCUUCUUUACUCCUGGUCAACGAUUUUAUCCUUUUUUUUUUUUUUUUUUUUUUUUUUCUUAUUUUACAAUUUUGGUAGGAUACAGUUACAAACAUCUGCUAAUAAAAUGAGAAAAUGCAAUAAAAACAUGGAAAAAUGUA